CGUAAUCCGUUUCUCCGUGUCUGCGCGCUGCAGUGAAAUGUGUGGCGCAGAAGGAAAAGGAAGCAUUUUGUAGUUCGUUUGGUUGCUGUCGUUUGGUUUUUCCGUUCGAAAUUGCUGUCCGUGUUUUCCAUUCAGUUUUCGGCUCCUUUGACCGCGGUUAUCCCGUCCACCAGCAUCAAUCUAGCCUGCAGAACACCGCGCACACACCGCUUUAAUGUGUUAAACUUGAGCCCUGAGCCCGCACUUGGCACACUUUGAUCGAUUUGACGAACCGUUGCUUUCGUUGUACCACUUUCUCUUCGAACGGUGAACCCGGUGAAGCCAACUACGGUUGAGUCUUUUUGCGACGAGUCCUGUGACGGACGGUCAAAUGGAGUCAUCUAGCACCGAAAACGAGUGCCACAAGCACAAGCACCUGCUGGUAAAAAACAUUGUAAAAAUUCUGCUGACCACCUCCAAGUACUUCCACUGCCCGUUCUGUGCCGACGAGUAUUUGUUCGAAUUUACACUGAAGCACCAUCUGCUGAAACAACACGACCGGGAUCUGGAGCGAAUCGUCAAAUCACCGGACGCCAGCAUACGGUUCUGCGAGAGCAACAUCUGCCCGUACUGUGGUGCGUUGUUUUACUACAUUUCGGCCCUUCCGAAGCACAUCAUGAAUAGUCACAGCCGCGAAUGUCUGCACAAGUGGCAGGCCAUCGAAAAGGAGAACAGUUUGGCCCGGAAGUUGGCGGCCGAACCGAGCAUCCGGUGCGUUCCGUGUUCGCCCGGGUUGAGUGAGCUUUUCGACGAGCUCAGUACCAGCGGCACCCGAUACGGUGCUGGUGGCGGUAGCGUGAUGCAGUUGACGAAACCUUCUCCACUACUGAAGACGGCCUUACGCAACAUGAACCGUAUUACGACGGGCCCGACGGCCAGUGGCUCGCAGCAUAAUCUGAUCGAAGAAACCGCUCAGCCAUCAAACGCCUACGGAACGGCGUGGUCCAGUUUCGGUUUCGAUAGCUCCUUGCCUCGCCGCACCCAGCAUUCAUCCGUCCGCCGGGAGCUACAAUUUGACAAUCAUUUCGUGGGUCAGCCGACCGCCACCUCGCCGGACACGAACUUUGUGCCCGGUUCGCUGGCCAUCCGGCAGCCAGAGCUCAUCGGGAGCGGCUCAUCGUCACCGUGCAGUGAGUCCAUCUCUUCCGUGCGGAAGCCCAAAUUCCAGCGGAAACGGUUCAACCUUCGGUCGAUCAAACCGAAGCUCAACUUCCGGAAGUACGUGCUGUCAAAGUUUUCGAAAAAGUACCACUGCAAAAUCGUCACCAGCACGCCGAACAACUUUCUCGACGACUCCGGCAGCCGCGACUCGGUGCGCUUCCUGGCGCACAAUCAGGAGCGCUGGAACCGGAUUCACUUCGAAUGACGGCGGUACGGUUCGCCGUUUGCCUGCGUCGUCGAGUACCUGUGCGGACUGCUCUUUUGCUGCGUUUGAGGGCCAACAAUAUUUCGUCUCAGUUCGGUUCUGUUCCCCGGUUCAAGCUGUACUUCUCUUCAAAUGAAUAGCAUACUAGGAUUACAACGAUAAGCAGGCUGUGCAACAUUCCGUUCCCGUGACCGAUAGGAAAGAAGUAACCGACCGGUCAAUCUUGGUGGAGUACAUUUUACUUACAGCUUUUGGCCCCAUUAAGUAUGUCGUCACUGUGCCACGAGAAGCACUCGGAACAUGUGUCUGUCGUCUGUGAUCUCGUUAGCAUCUCGCUAUUUGAUUGCUUAGUAGGCCCGUAGUAGUAGCGACCCGUGUUAAGCGGAAGCCUUAUUAAAAACGGAGUGAAUAGACCCUUGCCACGGUACCGGAAGGGAGCAGAAAUUAGGCCAAAGGAACGGCACUUUGUGCGUCAUCAUAAUGAUAAUAACAUAAACACCAAACCUAUCUUAGAUAUACGCGAACACUUUGGACCAAAAUAAGAAAAAGCCUUUCAAACCUUCGGUCACUAACGAUUGCUCCAUCUCGAUAAACUAAACCGCGCCCUCAGCUCUGGUGGGCCGCGAUCAACUCAUUAAAAUGUGUAAGCGAUAUUUAAAACUCAUUAAUACAAACGAAGUGAGCACCGCCCAAGCGAAUAGCACUGUGACCGUGAACUCAGAAUUAACCGUAAAAAGAGACGCAUUUUUCCACUCGUUAAUUUAUGAACCUAAAAAAUAGAUUUACCAAACGAUUUAACGUAAAAACAGCGAAUAGUUUGUAGGGAGUAACACACAAAUCAAUCUCAUUCUUGCCUUCCAUCGAAACUAAUAAGCGAAAUGAAGCCAACGAAACACCAAACUUUUAGCUCUACGAAAAAAUGGUUGAAUCGAAAUCUCGUACAGCAACUAGCAUGUUAGGACACGAAAAGCAGACCUUAACUCUGUUCGGAGCGUACUCUACGACUAAAGCAAUUAUCUCUCUAGCCUUAAAACCCUAAAAGUACACUUUUUAUCCUACGCAACAAGUUAUUAGACAUCUCGAUCGAUCGCUACGAACUCGUUUUGCUCCUCGAAAAAAAAACCGUCGAAACAUUAUGCUAAAAAGCAUAACAGUGAGGUGGGAAGAAGGGAAGUAUUUACCAUAAAUUGUCAGUCGAAAGAGCCGUAAUUUAUCAAACCGUAACGAAUGCAAAAAUACUUGUUAAACUAUUUAAA